AUGUCUUCCGGAACGGACUUCAAAGGGAAGAUUCUAAAAGUGCGUCGAGAGGUGCAACUGUCCAGUGAUUCCAAAUCAUUGCUACGCGUGUUAAAAGAAACAAAGCGCUGCUUGGAUGGAUUAGCGAACGAACCCAACUACACGGUAUGUGUGGCCCAUCUCGUGAAAGAGCUAGUGGACUGGGUUGCCAUAAAGGAGGAUAAUGAUCUUCAAACCGUUGCCGCAAAGGAAUGUCUCGAUCUGCUGGAAGAGUUUCUACUGGUUUGCCAUCAGGCUGACAGUACGACCAGAUCAUACCUUGUGGCACGACUGUACAAUGCGUUCGUUGCGCUUCUACGAAAGGAUGCUAACCGUCAACGUACUAGAACGAAGCUGUAUAUCGCUCGCCUAAUGAAUCAGUUUCCAAUUGUGAACGAUCAGGCAGAUCUUUUUGUACGGGUGAAGCAAGUCGUGCUGAAGACAGUACACGAAGCCAAAGAAACGAAGGAACUAACGGAGGAGGGUGCAGAUUUGGUAAUAGCAAUGCAACGCAAUUUGCUAAUCCACGAGGCCGGUAAUGCACGAACAACGAUGGAUGGAAAUCGUCAGCCGGCGUUGACGCAUUUCCGUGAAGUGUUCGACAACGGUAUGGCCAUACUGUGCCGGUUGUAUGCCGUCAGCCACACAAAAGCUGAACUACUGUACCAAACCAUUAUGCAAACGAUGCUAACGAUCGUUAAACCGGACGAGCGGGAACUAAUCAGCUUGCUGGACGAUAGCGUUGCUUUUGUCGAAACCAUACUCGGGUAUGUCGGACGGGAAGAUGGAGACUAUUAUCGGUUUGCCGAAUUUUUCAUCAUAUUCGAAGGUAUAAGGAGCGAACCGUACGCCAGCUGCUACCGGUUGGUAAGCAUGAUGGUACAGCUCGUUAAACAAAUUCAACCAACGGAACAACAAAUCGAAAACAUCACCAAAUACGUACGGUCAGUUCACGGAACGUUCGCCGACCAUCAGCUGGUGGUUAGGGUAACUAUAUUUAUCACUUGUCAAGCUAUCCCCUACUUGACCCGAUUGUCCCAGGAGUAUUUGUUGAACGUAUCCCAUGCAGCAAUUGGACUUUGCAAAGCGCUUAUGCGUUUUGUGUACCAGUAUCCGACGGACACCGGGCCCGAGUUGUGUCGCACGUGCACAAACUCAUGGCGUCAUUUGGUCGAUAAGCUGCUGAGCAUAAUGAUGCAUUUAAACGUCGCUCAAGCUAGGAAUGCGACCGAACAGCGACACGAUCUCAACAAGUUGACUUAUUCGGUAGGACGAAGCUGUGAGUUGAUCAAACGGAAACUAGCAUUGCUAGAAGAGCUGGGCUGUGAACGAAAGCGAUCGUUAAUCGACAGUACGAUGCGUCACGGUGUCUCCUGGCUAAAGUUUGCCCUAAUGCUUCUCCGCGAGGAUAACCGAGCGACGACUGAGGAAGCGGUAGAAAUCGUACACACCAUCAAGUUGCUAAUAUCCGUACAAAACCGAUACCGGUUUGAGUUUUUGUCUGAUCUAUACCUUGUACGACUGCUGGAGAACAGUUACACCGAUCGGCCCGGAGCGGGUGGAGUUGCAUCUUGCUGGGCGAAUGUUAGCAUUCGAUUGCUCAAGCUAUUGCUAACCCUCCGUGACGCACCGUCAGGUUCGACCGAGGAACAUAGGGCAACCAUAAGUUCAAUCAUACGGUCGAUUAUGUGCUACCAAAUGAAUGCAGCAGAGACGGAUUCGGUCCGUACGUUCACCAUUCUACAGCUGUACGAUCAUCCAUCCUUCGAUCGGCAUGGUUUCACAUUCGAUUGCUUACCAUCGCGUGCGGAAAAGGUUACCAUUUUCGCCGAGGAAAUGACGCUGGUGAUAAAGUACAAGACGUCCAACACACUUCCACCGUGGGAUUAUAUGGUCGAGCUGACGAAGGUGGUCGAUAUUCGUGAAAAUUGUCUCUCCUUUGGCAUGGCAUUGCACGGAUUCAAUGAGAACGAUGCCGGGAAGUUACCAGAGACGAUGAUGGACACACUGCUAGAUGCUUUAACGGCGUACCAACCGGUGAACACAUUGGAACGCAUAAAACGUAGCGCAGCACUGGGCAUAGUUUGCUAUUAUACGUUUAGCUCGAUUAGCCGAACGAUAAUAAGUCGUUUACGGGAGCUUCCGUUGAAAACGGGCCUCUGGCGCAACGAGCAAAUCGAUGAGAUACUGAUCGAGAACCAGCUUGACCGCGAGACGGCACUUUUCAAGCGAAUGGAAGCGAUCCGGCAACAUUACGGUGAGCUGUUGGCUACAUUGGCAGCAGAAGGCUUUCAAUCGCUUUGGGUACUGCCCUCCGUUACGCAUAUAUCGAGCAUACUGGAUAAUAUUGCUCGCUUGUACCAUCUGAACUAUCAUCCGCAUCGAGCGGUUGAGUUACAGAGGUUAAAUUUACUUCUCGUCGCUCAACGGCGUGACACACGACCGCUGGAUCAAUGCGCUUCGUUAGCCUUCCUUCUAGAACAGCACCAGCUAGCGGAUGUACAGUUGAGGCAACAGGACGACACCUUGCCACCACAUGCUGGAGGUUCACUAGCAACGUUGGAGGAUUUAGCAAAACGGGCGAAAAGCUUAUUGCCGCCAUCAGGCAGCAUUGACGACGUGCCGGACAAUCGUAAGCUUCAACUGUUAAAUCUAUACCUUGGACUCGCGGUGUACUAUGCCUCUCGGCGUAGACUGGAAGUGGCGCUUCGUUUGAUUCAGCGUGCCCUAGACCAUCUGGAUGGAUCGAGCAAUGUCGAUACAGUCAGACAACUAUUGCAGGGACGUACGGCACAGAUCAUCUUCCGGCUUGCUACAGAGUACGGAUUGCCGUGGCCCGAUUCUGUCCCUCCGCUAGCGUUCAUGAAGCGCAUGCUGUCCAGUUUCAGCGAGCUGCAGAAGCUCGCAAACGAACACAUAUUUACACUGUCGCUUGCCACGAUCGACAUGACGGUAGAUGUACUGCAGUAUCUGAUCGUACGGUACGAUACCGGACCGAUGAUUGAACCGUACUUGGAGCAGCUGCUUAAGUUUGUGCUGCGUAGAGGGGCUGGUUUAAGGGCGAUGCAGUUGUUGCUGCUAUGCGGUCAGAUGUAUGCCGAUAUGCAGAAGUUGGAUCGAUGCGAGAUCAUACUAAUGUACCUUGAACGAUUACUAAUGUUGCUUCCGAUCCUGCCGGAAGAAGGAAAGGAAAAUGGAAAAGUGAUCGAUGAUCUGUCACUAGCGGGAAGCAAUAAAACCGUUCCCUAUAAGGGAGUCAAUAGCUUACCACAACCGGGUCAUACUGUCAUUAUCGAAGAUCUCGUUGACGUUGAAAGAGAAGCGGCACCAAAGCACCGACACGCUCCUACAUUCCACCCUGGAAGAUCUCCUGCGCGCAAUGAAAUAACAGCAAACGAAACGAAUAUUCAGCAGUACCUAAUGUUCCGGCACUCAUCGGGGUGCGACUGUCGCUACUGUAGCUAUCCACAAUAUAAAUCGAUCGCAUUUCAAACCGCUGCCCUUGCUGUCAGAUUAACCGUCCUGCAGCAGACUAAAUCGACGAAACACAUCGAACGUGCGUACCAAACCGUGAUCGAACACUGGCGGAUGCAAGUGUACCCUCAGAUUCUUACCUGGACUGUGCCGGUGUACCGGACGGAUCUGUCCGUAGCAGUAACACGAACCCUUGUGCAUCGAGGUCAGUUUCUCGUCCGGCAGCAGCUGUUCGAGCGUGCCCGUGAGGUGUAUGGUUGGGCCUUGGAGCUUACUGAGCACAGCAUCGAUCCAGCACUAUCCGUUGACAUACGGUUUAAUAUCAAAGCGUUAGAUAUGUUAGUGCAGCGAUCAGUGCAACAAUCCAACCUUCCUCGUCCAAAACGUAGCCGAUCGAUGAUUGAGUCCCGUUACGCUGAGCUGCUUGCAAGAAAAGGGGAAGCGAAUGGGGAAGCGCCGGAUAUGGGUCUAUUAACUAGCAAUCUGAGCAAUUUGACAAUGAAAACUCCGAAGGCGGAUAGGGUAGCUGUUCGUUCACGAACGCCACCCAAAACGGUCAAUCGUGUGAAUGAGUUGCUACGGCAGGCAAUGUCACGGCGCCAGCAACUAAAAACCACCGAACCGGACACGUUUCUUGUGUCGGAUGGUAUUAUCCCCAGGCGUCCAUAUUCCGCAUCCGCUCGUAAACCAAAAACAGUCAACGUUUUUGUGGAUUCACCACCGAAUCGUACGGUAGUUCCGGCAACAGUUGGUAAAAUGUUAAAACCGGCCUCCAUAUCAUCAACACUGACAAUGGUUAAAUCCAAAGCAAAGCUCCCGAAAUCCAACGUGUUUGAUGUGAUGGGCGCAAGCAAUAGCAGUAAGCCGAACGCUCAAAGUGAGUUGGGAAUUUCAACGGAAAGCUGUCGUCGCCGCACAGCAAAACGCGGAAUGAUUAGGGAACCAACAACGGAAAAGCUCGAACCAACAACGCCAAUCCAUAACUUACAAUCGUACAAGGAUGCUUUGGUGCAAGAAAGUCCUACGUGUACUCCGCCACCUCGCACGGCUAGUGAAAAUGUCACCGGUCGCAAGGUUCGUCGCUUGUUGAUAGAUGAGUUCCCCAGUCUAAGCGUAUCGAGCAACAGCGAUGGGCCAACGAAAACAACCCAAACAGCACAGAAACGUACCGAUAGUCCGGUACUGAAUGGAUCGUUCAGGGAUGCGCUUGUACUCGGUGGUGCAACAAAAAAGCACGAUAGCGGUGACGACGCGGUGAUCGUGCUAGAUGAUUCACAUGACUCCAGUUAUAAAUCAGACGAAGCGAUCGAUACCAGCAUUGUGCAAAGCCGUGCCGUUUCGGCGGACAAACGUAGCGGACUUUCGCUUAAAUCUUACUCCGCUCGGAAGCGUCUGCUCGAUAGUGGUGGCUAUGCGCUGGCAUCACCGGCUGUCCGGUCAGUGGUAACGAACCGUAGGACCCCGCUGUUGGUAACUAAAACGAAGCUACAAUUUGAUGAACCAAGUCCAGAGUCUACCGGCAACGAUGGUGCAAAGCAAUUGGCAGCGGAAAUAAGUAGCAGUAAUAAGAGAGCCAAUACGAGGCUGGCAGAUGGAAAACCGGUACGUUUGAAUGGUAAAAUAACUGCCAAAUCAGCACCGAGCACGGUUGAUAAACCGAGCGCCGUUCCAAAGGUAGAACCGCGUAUGAGUAGUAUUGCUUCGCGCACAAGAUUACGUAGGAAACGAAUCUGA